AUGACCACGGUGAGUAUGCCGGUACGCGCAGUCCUCGUCUAUCUCAUCCACAUCGAAGAACACCCGGAAGUCAUCCCGGAAAUCGCCCACUACGCCCACUACAUGUUCCUGGUGAACCUACACGCCACAUACUGGAGUUGGCUAUUCCUGGCGCUGCACCGACUGUUCAACGUCUUUCUACAGCGCGCCGCGCUGUGCCGGCAGCGGAAAUGGCUGUACGUAAAAGUGGCUCUAAGUUGGAUGAUCCCGGUGGCGGUGAACCUCCCGGUGCACAGCCGGGAUGAUUGUUGUGCGGCCAGUCCGUGGCACGCCUGGUGUUGUCGCCGGGAGUGUCCGCUGGCGUUCUGGCUGCCGUUCAUUGGGAUCUACGUCCCCUUCGCCUUGGUCGCCCUCUUCUAUUUAUUGAUUAUUCUGAAAGUCCGCAAGACCAAGCGGGAGCUGCUGCAGCGCGUGUCGUUGAAACGCCGCCGGCGGGUCAAGAUCGCGCCCAACGCCGGCAACGGCAUCGCCGGGCGGGUGUUACUGUACUUCUCGUUUCUGAUGUUCUACCUGAUUCCGUCGGGAAUCUAUAGUGCGGUCGCGGAGGAGCAGCGCAGCGCCGCGUUGGAGCUGUUCUUGUCGUUCAUUUUCACGACACCCUAUGUGAUUAACACGGAGAUCCGCCAGUCGGUGUUAACCGCGUGGAAGCGAUGGCAUCGGCGGUGGCUGGUGCACCAGAGUCUGAUUCACACGCUGUAGUGCAUGGUGUUGCGGCUGACCUUUCUCUGCGCCAUAAAUCAUUCCAAAAGCAAAAUGUGU